AAAUAGGUCGGCGUACCCGGAAGUGCACGAGGAAGGAGAACCCGGAAGCGCCAUGGGAUGCGAUGGCGGCACCAUCCCCAAGCGGCACGAGCUGGUCAAGGGGCCCCGCAAAGUCGAGAAGGUUGACAAAGUUGCUGAGUUGGUGGCCAGGUGGUUUUACUGUGCCCUGAGCCAGGAGAAGCUGCGUCGGCCCAUCGUGGCCUGUGAGCUGGGCAGGCUGUACAACAAAGAUGCCAUCAUUGAAUAUUUGUUGGACAAAUCCCCUGAUAAAACCCCCAUGGAAUCUGCAUCCCAUAUCAAGAGCAUUAAGAACGUGACGGAGCUGCAGCUGGUGGAUAACCCAGCCUGGUGUGGGGACAAGGAGAGCAUCAAGGGGGACAAGUACGAUGACCUGCAGGCUGCACGCUUCAUCUGCCCCGUGGUGGGGCUGGAGAUGAACGGCAGGCACAGGUUUUGCUUCCUGAGAAACUGUGGCUGUGUGUUCUCUGAGCGUGCUCUCAAGGAAAUUAAAGCAGAAGUUUGUCACAAGUGUGGUGUUCCCUUUCAAGAGGAAGAUGUGAUUGUUCUUAAUGGUAAUAAAGAGGAUGUGGAAAUUCUGAAGAAAAGGAUGGAGGAAAGAAGACUUAAAAGUAAAUUGGAAAAGAAAUCAAAGAAAGGCAAGACAGCAGCAGCAGCUGCUCAGCAAGAGCCCUCUGCAGAUUCUCCAGGUCCUUCGAAAGCUAAGAGUGGAAAGGAUUGUGUCAAUUCCAGCUCUGGGGAAAACAGGCAGAUAAUCUUCACCAAAAGUUCAGAGAAUGGAAACCCAUCAGUCCCAGGAAAAGUCAAUAAAGCUCCAUCCAGCAGCACCAAGAGAUCCAUUGCAGACAGCGAGGACAAGUCUGAGGCUUACAAAUCUAUUUUUACAACUCACAGCUCAGCAAAACGUUCCAAGGAGGAGUGUUCCAACUGGGUUACUCACACAGCUUACUAUUUCUGAAACAAUGAGGAGCACCCCUGGCUCCUUCCUCCCCAUGGCUCUCUCUGUCCAGCUCUGCUGCAGAACUUCAGUGCUGCUCUGCUCCUGGCUGCAAUUCCUCUUUGUAAGUUGGUUAUAAACCUGUCCCUAGCUGGAGAGCCUGUGCCAGCUGCAGCUUCUGGUGAAUAAGAAGCAGACCAGCAGAAUCCAUGUUGUAGCAGCAGAUUUCAUUCUGAAAUGUUGGAAUUUUUGCACAAAAAUUCUCCUUUUCUCCUCCCAGUUGGAUGUUAUCCUCAGUCACAGUGUCCUCAGGAGGAGGAGGAGGAGGAGAGGAGAAGUUCCUGCUCUUCUCCUCUGUUCAUUUGUGCCACAAAAUAAUUGUGUAAUUACAGCUUUCAGUGUAUUACUACAGAAUUCAAACCCUCUGUAACUUUAUGACAGCAAAAAUAGAAAUAAUGCCUUUUUUGUUGUGUCAAGCUAACUGGGCCCUCAGUAGAACUCUAUAUUUCUAAAAACUUCUGCAGAUUUUUUUCAAAUAAUUUACCUUUGACAGAGUAGAUGAGACAGUCAUGAAAAUGUUUGUGCAACAUCCUUGUCCAUGUUGUUGUAGCCAGUUUCUAACAGCAGAAUAUUCCCUUGUUAAUGUCUGAAUCCCAUAACACCCACAUGGAAUGACCAGAGGGAAGGCUGGAACUUCUUCACUUUCCUCUCUCCCUCUUUUAAAAUGGAAAUCUGCUUUUCUAAUCCUGGCACAAGCUAACCAGAAUAGAAAUGCAGAAACUAGGAGGCUUUAAAAACCACUGCACAAUGUUACCUUGUUAUCUUUGUGUGUGAAAAUGAUUAAUUAUCUUUGUAAUAUAAUUUUAAAAGUGUCCCCAUUUAUAAUUGGCAGUAGUUACCUGGAGAUUCAAAUGCUGUGUUGAUAUUUGCAUAGGUGGUCUCCACGAUUCAAACAGCUUGAAUGAAACUGCUGGGAAUUUAUUAUUAUUUUGAUAGGUAUAAUUAAAAAUUGGUUUGCUGUAGAAUUUCUAUGGUGGUAAGAAUUUUUUGUUUCCCAGAGAUGUGAGCACAUCAAACAGUUUGAGGUUUGCUGGAGCUUCCAGGAAGCACUCAGGCACAUUUUGUAUGCAUGGCUGGGGAUCAGCUUUGUUCUCCUUGUUCUGUGUUCUUUUCAUUAUGAUCCUUUAUUAUUUGUUGCUUACAGAUAAUGAAAUUUCUGCACUAAAGGUGUCCCAUAGUGGGGUUUUUAUUUGCAGUUUAAUUCUGUUUGAUAGCACAUGUUAAAAUCCUA